UUCCUCACCUGAGGCCGACCCCACUUCCCACUGGCAUGAGCCAGCGCCCCUGCCGCUGCUCCCCACGGCCCCUUUCCAGCUCCUGCCGCUGCAGCGCCCUGACAGCCGCCGGGCGCCCUCGCUCCUCAGACGGUUGUAAAGAAGAAAGUUCUACUCUUUCUGUCAAAAUGAAAUGUGAUUUUAACUAUGACCAUAUUCAUUCUGGACUUAAUAUGCUAAAGCCUGAUGACACUGGAAGACUAGGUUCUUAUACUCCUGCAUUUUUGGAAGGUUCUUAUAAAGACUGCAUUGAAGACUAUGUAAGAUUAUCAGAUAUUGGGUCACCAAUUGUGAGCCCCAAGGUUGUAGAACUUGAAACUGAAAAUGAAAACAAGCUCUUUCACAACAAGGAAAAUCAACAUGUGCAACAAAUACUUAAUAGUUCACGUGAAAUAGAAGAACUAGAGACCAGUAGACCUUACGAAGACAGUGGCUAUUCUUCAUUUUCCCAGCAAAGUGGCUUCAGUGAACAUGAAGAGAGUAGCCUUUCCUUGGAAAAUUUCAGUGACAGUCCACAGUCCUGCCUACAGAUGCAAAGCCCAGACCAAUAUCCCAGCAAAAACUUGCUGCCGGCUCUUCAUUUUGCAAAAAUGCUUUGUUCAACAUUAAAAAAGAAUGCCAAGCGAAAUCCUAAAAUAGAUUGGGAGAAACUGAAGGAAUUUAUAUCCAGUGAAAAUUUUAAACUACAGAAUAUAAUUGGCAGGAAAAUGGGCCUGGAAUGUGUAGAUAUUCUCAGUGAACUCUUUCGAAGGGGACUCAGACAUCUUUUAGCAAAUAUUUUAACACAGCUCAAUGAUAUGGACUUAAUCAAUGUGUCUAAAGUGAGUACAACUUGGAAGAAGAUUCUAGAAGAUGAUAAAGGGGCAUUUCAGUUGUAUAAUAAAGCAAUACAAAGAGUUACUGAAAAGAACAUUAAGUUUUCACCACAUGCUUCAACAAGAGAAUAUACUAUGUUCAGAACCGCAUUAGCUCCUAUUCAAAAAUCCGAAGCUCGGACCUACCCCCAAAAAGGUGCUCAAACCAAGUUAUCCGAUCCAGGUGAUCAGAAAGGUUCUACUUACAGUCGACACAGUGAAUUCUCUGAGGUUGCCAAGACUUUGAAAGAGAAUGAAAGCCUUAAAGCCUGUAUUCGCUGUAAUUCACCAGCAAAAUAUGAUUGCUAUUUACAGCGGGCGAUCUGUAAUCGAGAAGGUUGUGGGUUCGAUUAUUGCACAAGGUGUUUAUGUAAUUAUCAUACCACCAAAGAAUGUUCGAAUGGCAAACCCCUAAAAGCCAAUUAUAAAAUAGGUCCUCUGCCUGGUACUAAAAAAAGCAAGAAGAAUUUACGCCGAUUGUGAUACCUUGUUAUAUCAAUUGUACCUGAUUAUGAAGGUUAGUUAGAAAAUGUUAGGUUUUAAUUUAAAAAACGUAAAUGUAUUUUGAUUUCCAAUUUUGUGUUGAAAUCAAUGUAGUACAGGGGAUUUUUCACCCUGGUGAGUAAAGAGAAAUAUAGCCUCUUAAAAUAUUUUACAAUUCAAUGUGAAAAAAGUUUAAAAUUUAGUAUAAAUCAGAAAAUUUAAAUAUUUAAAAACAAAAGGAAAACUAGAUAGUUAUCUGAUAUUUGUGAUUCAGGGAUAAAAUAAAACUGAUUCAAUUUUUAUGCUAAAGGAAAGCCAUGUAAUUUUACCUAGAUAAUCUUAAAUAUAUAUCUUGUUUACCAUCUCUUAGCAUUUGAGACAUUUUAUUUUCCUUACCAAAUUAAUACCUAUCAAAAUAACUUAAGUCUAUUAAUUCAAGUGUUUUGUCAUCUUUCUUUAACCUCUUUUUCCGUGUGUAUAUUUCCCAAAAAGUACUCUUUGUGAAAUCUUGCUUUUUCCUGUUUAUAAAGUCUGUAUGUUUUAAUAUUGUUGUACAUAUGUAAAUAUUUCUGUAUUGUUUUUUAUGUCAAAGAAGAAAAUAAAGAUCUUUUGUGUAUAUAUAUAUACACACACACACACACUUGUAAAUGUAAA